AUGGCGGAAAACUCCUCAAUCAGCUCCGACGAAACCCCAUACCCAGCCAAUUGUCCAAUCCCGUUCGACCUUUUUGUGUCCAAGAAAUAUAAGGGACUCGGGCAGCUGGGUAAUCUCAGAUUUACUGACUCAGUGGGUACUUUGGUAUACUCUGUUCAGAAAUUGACCCGAAACUCAGCGGGUAGCGGCGAUGCCCGGUGCGUGAAGUUACUCUUGGAUUCAUCUGGCAAUACCCUCUUUUCAAUCAACCGAGUUAGCAAAAGAUCAUGGCAGGCGUUUAGGGGAAACUGCGAGGACAAGGAUUUGAUUUUCCAUGUGAACAAGACCGUAGAUAAGUACACAAGAACUGAGUUUAAAAUAUUACUUGCUGGUGAAUAUAACAAUGACCCAAAGACCGAGUUACACAUGAAAGGGAGCCCUUUCAAGAGAGCAUGUACCAUUUAUAAAGACGAUUCAAUUGUAGCUGAGACUAGCCUCAUGCACAAGCUAGGGAUCGAGAAAAUUUUCGUACCUAGGAGCCGGUUUCGUGUGACCAUAUUUCCCGGAUCUGCUGACCCCCCUAUAGUUGCUUCUCUCAUUGUUAUAUAUUUUGAUGGAAGAAAGCUUUGGAUAUGA